CUCAUAAACAUAUGAAUUAAAGCGAUAGAAGACGGCACCGGGUUAUUCUUCACGUAUUCUAGGAGGGUGCCAUUUUCGGCACCCACAAUCGACCGGACAUGACACCUCUUUCUCGCUCUUCACGCACCCCUGCUGAUCGCAUAGGAUCCGUUAAGCCCGAAACCGUAGACGGCCAGGUAUCUGACGAAGAGGAAUCUUCCCUGCAAGCCUUGGAAACGGGCUCUCCAGCCGGGGAGACUCCAGCCUCUGCUCCUCAAGGUAGCCAUGCCGAAAGUUCUAGCGAAACCCCGUCUGCUCCCCUCCAGAAGCGCCGGAGGGUGACGCGCGCAUGCGAUGAAUGUCGUAGGAAAAAGAUAAAGUGCGAUGGCAAGCAGCCAUGCACCCAUUGUCAGGUGUAUAGCUACGACUGUACGUACGAUAAGCCUUCCAACAGGCGCAGGAAUCCGGCUCCGCAGUAUAUAGAGGCUCUAGAAAAUAAGCUAUCGAGGGCAGAGAACUUGCUGCGCAGAUUCAUGCCAGAUGUCGACCUCAACGAUCCAAGUCUGGAUCCUGCAGUUCAACAGGAGUUUCGCAUCCGGGAGCAAGCCAGAACACGGUCCUCGACAACUAAGGGAAAGCAGCCAGGCUCUUCGUCUUCUGUAGACGCCCAGUUACAUUCUAUGAUCGAAACCGCUGGCCAACUCGACCUCGACGACAGGGGCAACUAUGAUUUCCACGGAACCUCGUCUGGUUCGGUCUUCUUCAAGAGGAUGAAGGAGCAUUUUCGUGGUCUUCUAGGCAGAGAUUAUCAGGUGCCGUUUCUUCCUCGCCCGCCUCGACCUGUUGGCGUCCUCACUCUAGACCCCCCAAGACCCCCGUCAAGUUCACGAGCGCCGCCAAGUCGUAUUACACCCCCUUACGACUUACCCCUAAAGGAGAGGGCACUUGCGCUAUGUUCCGAGUCACUUAAUAACGCGACAUGUCUUCUGCGUAUCGUCCAUGUCCCUUCUUUUUACAAGAUGUUGGAUGACCUAUACGAAAAACCGGUAGGCGCAGCUGGGACAGAGAACAAAAGGAGUCUAGCGCUAGCAUACUCUGUCAUGGCCCUUGGCUGCAUGUAUAACAUACCUGAAAAUGAUAAUUCGGAAACGCCACCGUACAAGGCCGCGAUGGACGAAGCGAUCAAAUAUUAUAGCAGUGCAAGAGCCAUUCUGCAAGAUAUAACGGAGUGCCGAGACCUCCCCUCGCUUCAAGCUCUACUGUUUAUGAUACUGUUCAUCCAGUCGAUAUCGAAUUUAAGUACUUGUUAUGGGUUUGUAGGGAUUGCCUUACGAUCUGCGUUGAGGAUGGGUUUACAUCGACACCUACCUCACAUUAAACUAAAUCCGAUAGAGGCUGAAACGAGACGAAGGGUUUUCUAUAUAUGUAGGCAGAUGGAUACGUAUGUGUCUGCAUUACUGGGGUUCCCGCUGCUUCUAAAUGACGAGGACAUUGACCAGCCUUUGCCAACCCCUGUGGACGACGAGUACAUCACGAAGGACAAGAUACUCAUCCCGCCUCCAGGGACUCCGUCUUUCCUCGAGGCCUUCAAUGCGCACGUACGACUGAUGGAUAUUCUGGGUAAGGUUGUUAAAAAUGUUUACCCGUUGAAAGGUAUGGAGCAGAGCGAGGCUGAAGGUGUUGGAGAGCCUUACGCGUCAUAUAUGAUCAGCUAUGGGAAAAUAAAAGAAAUCGAAAAAGAGCUUCAACAAUGGAAUGAGGACUUGCCGGAUGCUUGGCGGCCGAACUCUAUCGGUGCUAUUGAAGUUGUUCGGGUGCGUAACUUACUGAGGUUUACUUACGCUCAUAUCCAGAUGGUAUUAUAUAGGCCAUUCCUGCAUUACGUUUCUCCACGCAUCACGGCCGGCAAGGAUGUAAAUGAACGUGCCUACGCUUGCGGAGCCGCUGGUGUUAGUGUCGCGCGAAACAUCGUACACAUCGGGUCAGAGAUGCGAAAACAGGUUUCUCUCGUAGGACCGUAUUGGUUCACUCUUUUCACCGAAUUCUUCGCUAUCAUAACGCUAGUCUUCUUCGUGCUAGAGAAUCAAGACAAACCAGGGUCCAUGGAGAUUUUUGCAGAUGCUAUAGCCGGGAAAGAGAUUAUUGAAGAGCUUUCAAGAAAAAGCCUGGUUGCAGACCGCAUAUCCCAAUCUCUAGCUAUACUCUUUGACCAAUUACCAAAGAGCCUUAAGCAGGCAAGCACUACGACAUCUCUAAAACGUCCCGCAUCAGGAGCACAUGAUGAUAUAGCGAUGCCGCUUCCAGCACAUUCAAACGAUUCAAUACAGCGUCUCCCCGAGAGACCCAAUCAGCCUCGGGGGAAAUCGUCGAAAAAGGCUGGAAAGACUCCAGUUGGGCUCGUCCCGCAAGUCAUCCCUGUUGACAAUUCUUCCCUACCACAGCCAGAAUUUGGCGGCUCAUUUACCUCCAGUUUUCAAUUCUCGCCGUUAGAUUUACCGAUACCGUCCCCCGAUUCCGCAACGGCCGCGGCCCUACAUGAGCCUAGCCCUCUAGAUUUGCAACAUCCAGCAUUCAGUGCAGGCAAUCCGGUCCACCAAUUAGAUGCAGUCAUGUUUCCCUCGGACGACCCCUUAGAAUAUCCCAACCAACCCCAACUUGAUUUCGGCACUCAUCAGUCAGGCGUUCCGGGCGGUAGUCCAGGAGACCUGUCACACCACGGCCCUGCUCCGUACUAUAUACCUAAUUUCUAUGAUAGCAUCGAAGGACAGCUUAUGGGACCGCUGCCGCCAUACUUAAUGCAGUCGCAAGCUCAACCAGGCUUCAACUUCCCAGCGCAGAUGUAUUCGGAUCCAAUGCUGUUACAGAUGCACACUUUAGAACACCGGCAUUCACCCCACCCCCAACUUCAAUCAGACCAAUUACACUUGGCGCGGCGACGGGGUCAACAACCGGGGGAGAUGGAAGAGUUGCUAGCCAAUACGUCGUGGCAGCCAUUUCCCUAGCAUGGAAUGGACUAGGUUUGUGAGUAGAAAAAGGAUACCCCUCUGCAUAAUUGCGACAUCCACGGAUGUUUUCUUAGAUGAUGGAAGGGAUUGGAGUUUGGCAUAGGUAAAUCAAAACAUUGAUGAUUGACGCCGAAUAUGGACAGUCACAUAUUGCAGUUGAUGAAUUUUCGUUCUAUGGACGUCAUCUAAGAUAUCUAUGAUCCAAGGCGAGUCUUAUACCCUCAACAGAGACAAUGAGCAGGA